AUGAAGAUUACGCUGCUCAGUACGUUGUUGGUGAUCGCCUGCUGGACCGGUGAUGCAACGAAAUACACUUCGCCGGUCAACGCCUCGCGAGAGCUUCAAGUCGAUUUCGAGCCUGGCGUCGUCUUUAACCAACCGCAAUGUGUUGUGGAGAAUGGGUUUGACUACAGUGGAUACGACCUCGGCAGUGCGUCAGCCCCCACUCCUUGGGAUUGCUGCGUUCCGUGUUCCACCCGGCCCGGAUGCAAUGCGUACACGUGGACUGAGUUUAACGACGGAACGUGCUGGUUCAAGAGUGGCCGUGGUACUAUCAGCGUCAACUCAGCUGCAAGAUCUGCGGUCAUGAGCAACGAUGAGGGGUGUCAGCAGGAACAAAACAUCGACUACGUGGGUAAUGACAUCGGGACUGCGUCUGCCGCUCGAGCAACAGAUUGCUGUACAGUGUGCAGCAAUACCCCAGGGUGCCGUGCUUACACUUUCACCACCCUAAAUGGUGGUACGUGCUGGUUGAAAGGGACCAAGGGCCGGAUGAUUGUUCGCGCAGGGUCCUCCUCAGGUUCUCCUUAUCUCGAAACUGCAACUUGCGGUCUAGAAAAUGGUGUAGACUAUGUCGGCAACGACAUCGGUAGUGCUCAGUCUAGCACUGCCAGUGGUUGUUGCUCAAUCUGCAGGAAUUUCGGUGGCUGUCGCGCUUUCUCCUGGACGAACACGAACGGUGGCACGUGCUGGCUCAAGAACCGCAAGGAUGCUACUGUCCGGAGAGAUGGCGUAAUUUCAGGACAAUCUACUGCAAACCCGCCAGCUCCUAGCUGCGCUAUGGAGCAGAAUGUUGACUAUGAUGGUGCUACAAUUGGCAACGCCAGAAGCGCUGACGCAUACGGCUGCUGCUCCAUCUGCAUGAGAACUUCGAACUGUCGGGCUUUCUCAUGGAACAGUUUUGAGGGAGGGACAUGUUGGCUUAAGAGUGCAAGAGGCUCUGCUUUUCAGCGAACGGGAGUGUUUUCGUCUGUUGUCUAA